UGGGUUUGAAAAGCUUGAAAGCGUGGACCUCUAAAAGUGCGAAGUUACGUUCCGUUUCGCGUACAAUACGCAUAAUGCAUCAUUUUAUCCUUGUUUGACAUUCAGCGAACAACGAAGAUAAAGAACAUGAUACGGCAUCGUACAAGAAACGGGCACGCGCGCACCGAAUCUAGAAUAAAAGGCUCCACGGAGGAAUUUAUCACGUGAUCAUGCGGGGUGACGUUUUCACGCAUGCGUACGGAAAGUCCCGCCGGGAAGAUUUGUCCCUCGAUCGGCUCCAUGCCUCCAUCUCCAUCCCCAUCCUUGGAUGGCUUCGUGACGACGAUAACAGCGGCACGUGGUUAGCGGCGAGUGCUGUUGUUAGAAACGCGGCCGCUAACCGAGUAACCUUGAUCGCGUCACCUCCGAUCGCGCGAUUCCUGACUCGAAGAAUUGACUUAAAAGCGUCACGAUGAAGGAGGAUUCCGUGUUGAGCUUCAAGUGGCAGAGCUUCCCGUCGCACAUGGUGGGCUCGCUCGACACCUGUUACGAGAAACAGCAAUUCGUCGAUCUCUCCCUGGUGUGCAAGGACAGCACCAUCCUCAAGUGUCACAAGAUGGUACUGGCCAAUUCGAGCUCCUUCUUCCGCCGGCUGCUCCUGGCCAACGAUCAUCCGCAUCCGAUGAUCGUUCUGCACGACAUCGAGGCCGACGAUCUCAAGACUAUAGUGAAUUUCAUGUACUGCGGCGAGAUACAAGUAGUCCAGAGUGAGGUUAGGCGGCUGCUGAAGCUCGCCGAGAUCCUCGAGGUCACCGGUCUGCGACACAUCCCGCCCUCGUUGCUGUCCGACGGUUCCAACAACAAGGAGCACUACGACGCGCUGAAGAAGACGACGACGGUGUCGCGGGUGAGGCUGGAGGAAACCAAGAACACGCCCGGUAGAAAUGUCGUCGCGGAGCACGAGACGGCCGCGAGGAUGCAGGGUAAGGAGCGCCCGCAGACGAGGCUUGCUUCGAAGAUGAAUGCAUACAAAACGGCGGCCAAAGUUCCUCAGGAAACGUCGAAGAGCGAGGAGAUCAACAUAAGCGAGCUGUGCCAACGGCUGGAGACCAGCAACUCUGGUAUCAGUAUUAUAGACAUUAACGAGCCGAGUACAAGUAGAGGAGUGCGAAGAGCGUCCCCGAUGCAGCGCAGAGAACUGCUCAAGAAGAAGGAAUUUCCGAUGAUUCCUGAGAUCAACUGGCCGAGUGUACUCUCCACGAUAACGAGCAAGCCGUUGUCUUCUCAGAAAGUGCGUUGUAUCAUGGACGAGGUAGAGAUCACAGCGGGAAGGCCAUCCACUUCUGCGUCGGAUAAUAAAAUAAACGACCCGUUAGACAGGCGAAAAUUUAAGAAGAAUUCCGCCGAGGAUAACAAUUUAAGUACAGUUUACAUAAAGGACGAAAUCGAUAUAUGUUCGGACGUGGAAGAAGACGUCGACAUGGAUCCUCUAGAAGUCGACGAGAUUGACAAUGACAAUUUGGAAAGCAGUAAAACUACGCCACAGUUUUUCUCUCAGAUGAUGAUCCAUUCGUUAAAUAAGAACACUCAUUCUCAUAUGGAAUUCUCAUCUAGAAAAGAUUCAAAUAGUAAAAUGGAUAUGAAUAUGCAGAAUAAAGUAAGUUGUGAUAAAGAAGAACAGGCAAAUCAUAUUGUUAAUAAAUUAAACCCUGUAACGGAAGAAGAGUUUCAAAAUUUCAUGCAUCGUGUCACUGAAGUGGAAAAAAUCGUGAAAAAGUUGGCAUCUUCCGAUCAAGAGGAGCAAGAAUGCGGGAAAAAGUUAGCCGAUGAAAUUUUACAAAAAGGUGUCGAAAGAGAAAUCUGUGAACACGGAGAGGUAAAAAUUAAAACUGAUCGGUCAUUAAUCAAUAAAUAUCCGUCAAAAGAUGAUUCAAAUAACGACCCGAACAAAAUGUCGCGAGAGAUAUUCAUGAAGAGCGUGGAAAAGGAUGCUAAAAAACGAGCUGAAGAUCGCAAAAUUAGAAAUGAACGGGCGGAAACGUUAAAGAGAAUUGCAAACGGUGCGUUUAAAGAAGGUGAUUACGAGAAAGCCGUGACUUAUUACAGCAAAGCAUUAGAACAACGUAAGGAUUCCUCGGUAUUGUGGAAUAACCGUGCGUUAUCGUACAUGCAUCUCGGAUUAUUCGAGAAAGCCUUGCACGACUGCGAGUGGACGUUAAAACUGAAUGACUCAAAUUUAAAAGCUCUUUUGAAUAGUGCCAAGUGUUACAUGCAUCUCGAAAACAAGGAGAAGAGUAAAGAAUAUAUACAGAUGGCCAAAGAAAGGAAUCCUCAUUUCAGCAAGUUUAUCAAUGAAUUUCAGGAAGAUUUAGAGCUUCAGUUUAACAAGUCCAACGUUCAGAUAAUCAAUGACGAUGAAAUAUAGUAGCUUCUUUUUUUUUCAUAGAAAUAACGCCGUUUUACGUAAUAUAUAUAUAAAUUAAUAUAAUAAAUUAACAAUA